CCGGGACCUGUCCGGGUGCGCUCUGGGAUCUGCGCGGGUGCGCUCCGGAACCUGCCCGGGUGCUCUCCAGGACCUCAGACCCGUGGGUGCGCUCCAGGAUCUGUCCGAGUGCUCUCCGGGAUCAGCCCGGGUGCGCUCCGGGAUCUGCGCGGGUGCGCUCCGGGACCUGCCCGGGUGCGCUCCGGGCCAUUGGCUCCGCCGGUGCGCCCCGGCUCCUGCGCUCCGCGGGUGCGCUCCGGCCCCUCGGUGGUCCCCGCCGGUGCCACCCCCGGCUCCGAGGGUCCCGGCGUCUCCCGGCGCUGCCCGUCGGGGCGCGGGUGCGGGAUGUCCCCGCGGGCGCUGGCGCUGGUGCUGGCACUGGCGGAGUUGGUUCUGGCCCCGGGGGCGGCCGAGGAAGGGGAAGCCGCCGUCGGGGCCGCCCCGCCGGGACCCGCUGCGUUCCAUCGCGCCGCCAAGGCGUCGUGGCGGCUGCCCGGGCGCUACGUGGUGAUGCUGCGGGCGGGCAGCGAGGCCGAGCUGCGAGGCACGGCCCGGCGGCUGCAGGCCCGGGCGGCUCGCCGGGGACACCGGGCAGAGCUGCUGCACGUCUUCCACCUCCUGCCCGCCUUCCUGGUGAGGAUGAGCAGCGACAUCCUGGACACGGCGCUGAAGCUGCCGCAUGUGAAGUCCAUUGAGGAGGAUGCCUUCGUCUUUGCCCAGAGCAUUCCCUGGAACCUGGGCAGGAUCGUGCAGCCACAGCCCGGCUCAGGCGCCUACAGCCCUCCCAAUAAAGGUGACCUGGUGGACAUUUACCUGCUGGACAGCAGCGUGCAGAGCACCCACCGGGAGAUCGAGGGCAGGGUGACUGUGACUGGCUUCGAGAGCAUCCCCGGGGAGGAUGGCAACCACUUCCACGGGCAGGCCAGCAAGUGUGACAGCCACGGGACCCAUGUGGCCGGAGUGCUGAGCGGGCGCGACGCCGGCGUGGCCAGGGGCGCCAACAUCCGCAGCCUCCGGGUGCUGAACUGCCAGGGGAAGGGCACCGUCAGCGGCACCCUCAUGGCCCUGGAGUUCAUCGAGAGGACGCUGGAGGCUCAGCCGAGCGCGCCGCUGGUGCUGCUGCCCUUGGCCGGCGCGCACAGCCCCGCGCUGAACGCGGGCUGCCGGCGCAUGGUCCGCAUGGGAGCCGCGGUGGUGGCGGCUGCCGGCAACUACAAGGACGACGCCUGCCUCUACUCGCCUGCGUCUGAGCCCGAGGUCAUCACCGUCGGUGCCACCGACAGCGAGGACCAGCCUGCCUCCAUCGGCACCCUGGGCACCAACUUCGGCCGCUGUGUGGACCUGUUUGCCCCGGGGGACGACAUCAUCGGCGCCUCCAGCGACUGCAGCACGUGUUUCACCGCGCAGAGCGGCACCUCGCAGGCCGCCGCACACGUGGCAGGCAUCGCUGCUGUGCUGCUCAGCGCCCAGCCCCGGCUGAGCCCGGCCGAGCUCCGGCAGCGCCUCCUGCGCUUCUCCACCAAGAGCGCCAUGGACACGGCGUGGUUCCCGGAGGAGCAGCGCCUCCUGACACCCAGCAGCGUGGCGGGGCUGCCCCCGCGGCUGGUGGCAGAGGAGCCGCUGCUGUGCCGCUCGGUGUGGUCAGGGCCGGCCCGGCACGCCGUGGCUGUGGCUCGCUGUGCCAGCACCGAGGAGAUGCUCGGCUGCUCCAGCGUCUCCCACAGUGGCAGCCGGCCGGGGGAGCACAUGGAGGACAGGGACGGGCAGAGGCUGUGCGUGGCCCAUGGCGCCUCCCGGGGCGUUCGUGCCAUCGCCAGGUGCUGCACGGGGCCCAGGGCUGAGUGCCAGAUCAAGGCUGGCUCCGAGGGGGCCGAGUGCUCCCCAGGACACCACGUGCUGACCGGCUGCAGUUUCCACUCCCCGUCCGUGGUGCUGGGAGCCAGUGGCAGGCCCGUGGCGGGGCUGGGGAGGGGGCCCAGCCGCUGUGCCAGCAGGACAGGGGCGAUGGCACACGCCCUGUGCUGCCCCUCUGCCAGCCUCGAGUGCCGGCUGGAGGAGCACAUGGCCCUGGAGCCUGAGGAGAAGGUGACAGUGUCCUGUGACGAUGGCUGGGUGCUGGCGGGCUGUCACGCCCUUUCCCAGGGCUCCAGGGGAGCCUUCCCCGUGGACAAUUCCUGUGUGGCAGCCGCUGGCCCUGGCGGCAGCUCGGCCGUGGCCAUCGCCAUCUGCUGCCGGGGCCGGCAGUAGUGCCAGGCUGAGCUGCAGAGGUGGUGCCUGUGCACGGCAGGGAUGGAGCCUUUGCUGGGCCCCUGUGUCCCUGGUGCCUUCCCAGGGUUUCCAGAACAAUCCAUACUCUGACAUGCAGCUGAUGAGCUCCACACCUGGGCUGCCGUGCUGGCAGGGGAUGAACCUGUCUGUGCCUCCCACACAACGGGGUCAGGAUCCAAGACCAGCAUCCAGGGAGGCUCUGCAAGAGCUCUCCAAGCAUCCCCCGUGCAGCUGGAGCCCUGUCCCACCACUGGGAAUCCUUUCCCUGCCAUGCACCGGGUCUCUCCUAUAAACACCUCCACAGAACAAGCCAUGGUGUUGUCACCCAGCAUUGGAAAAAUCCACCAUCUUUUUAAAAGGAAAAAAGUAUUGUGAGGAUUGCUCCUUCCUUUCCUGGUUAGUUGCUCAUUAGUUGUCAGCUAAUGCUGCUUAGCACCUGGAAAAUCUUAGUUUAGCCAUUUUUGGGCAGUUUUGUAAUUGCCUGUUCGUAUUCCUGGGAGACUUCUUUACUUUUGAGUCAAGUGUAAGGGCUGUAGUUUAAACAGCCUGCUUGGUUAAUUAGAUUUUUAUCUGCAUUGCUACAGUCAGCUACUGCUUCAUUAGUGCUUUUUUUGUUGUUAAGUCAAAGUUAAUGAUCUGCUGGUGUUAUGUGUUAACAGUUUCAGGUCUUCCCAAGACCCAUAGAACUGUAGGAGGCUGUAAUUUCUUAAACAAAAAUAGAAUGAAGAAAAAGCUUUCAUAGCACCUUAGUUUUUACAUUUGUACCUUAAAUAUUUAUUUGGAGUUUUAUAAACGAACAUUUUAUAAGUGUCUUUUUAAAAUAAAAUUUAUAGACCUGUGCUCUU